CUGAUGAACCAAUUGCUUGUAUAAUGAAGAACUAUAAAAAAAUAAAAAAUGGUGUAUGGGUUGGUGAUAUUACAGCAGAAAGAGUUUUCAAUCAUGAUGAAACACCACAGUUUGUCAACUACAGUGUAGAUGGUACUGCCACUGGGUUAGUUUAUGCUGGCAAAGGAGAGACAUGUAAAAAAAUAAUUCGCGAAAACAGAGAGUGCAUAACUAUAAACCCAUCUGUUUCAUCAUCAGGGAGGUUUCAUUGUGUCAGGUAAUAUUUGCUGGCAAAGGGAUAACCAGCCAGGUGGCACCACAAAAAGCUGUCAGUAACAUCAAAAAUUUGAUCAUUUCCACGACAGAGAGUGGUUCGCAAGAUAACUGUUCAUUAUUGGCUGCGUAUAAGAAACUUGAUAAACAUCUCACCAAACAAGGUAUAGAGCGACCAUUUGUGCUUCUAUCAGAUGAACAUUUGUCGCGAUUUGACUUUAAAGUUCUAAAUUUUUUGUGUGAAAAGCAAAUUAAUUUAUUUGUGUCUCCGCCUGAUACAACUGGAAUCACACAGGUACUAGACCAAGCACCAAAUCAACAGCUCCAUCAAUAUUAUAAUAACACCUGAGAUGUAAUCUUUUCCUCUUUCCAGACAAUAAAUCAAGAAAGGUUCAUGAAUAUCCUUGGAACAAUGUGGAACAAUUGGGCAUCCGCUGCCAAUAUUGUAGCAGCUGCUAAGAGAGUUGGUAUAAGUAAGAAUGGUUUUAAUGUUGAUGAUAUGCAACAGGAUAAAUUUGAACAAGCAGCUCUCCUUAAUGAUAAAAGAAAUGAUGUUUCUCUUGAACCUUCUACUCCUAAGAAAACAAGAAGUGUGACCUCAAAAGACGGACCCUUGGCAACAACUCCAAGAUCACAAUCCAAAGUCGCCCAAUCAAAAAGAAGGUAUGGUUCAGCCGAAUAUUGGAAAUCAAUGUAUAAAACGUCACAAUCAUUCAUUGAGGAAUCAUAUGAGAAAAGCCUCAAUUUAGCAAAAGUGCCUGGUUUACUCUCAGUAAACCGGGUAAAACCCAAGGAGGUUAAUCAAGGAAAAACAACUAGAGUCACUAAUGUGCAUAGAUCUAUGGAGGCUUAAGGUGUGCUUUCAAAAGUGACUUUUCUUGAAGAAGAAAAGCAGAAAAAAAUCAUGAUUCAGAGGAGAAAAAGAAACAAAAGCUUAAAGAAAAAGAACUGUUUUAUCGUUGCAAACACAAUGCUCUUGUGUAGAAGUAUGUCUUGCAAAAUCUUUAAAAGAGUGUUCGCAAUGUCAUUCCAUUCUUAAAUCUGUAUGUAGUAAAAUGGCUUAUCGCAUUGAUAAAAAUAGCCGACAAUGAUUCUCCCUGCAUCUGCAGCAUCAUCCUUUGAUUCUUAAAAAAAAAUCAUUCUAUUUUGGUUCUGAUUCAAAUAAAUCUUAAUGACUCAAAGAUAUUUCUUUAGAUGAAAUGUUUGUUUAC